GGAAGCUGAAUAGCCGGAAGCAUUGGCUAGAUUUUAGUUUCGGUUCAUACAUACCUGACAAAAAGAGACAUGACAGGGGUACUUGUGUUUGACAAGUGUUCUGUGCUUUUGGACCUGAAAAACCUGUCCUUUAAGGAGAGGCGGAAACUGAAGUUGUCUGUGACAAAAAAUGGAGGAAGCAUUUGUUACGUGGUCACAGAGCAAUGCUCCUUUGUCGUGGUCAGCAACGUAUCACACCUAAGCACCAACAGGCUGCACAGAAUCCACAAGUUGCAAACACCAGUGGUGGGGGUGGAAUAUGUGCAUAACUGUCUGGAGAAAGGAAUUCUCUUGCCUGUGGAGGACUACAAGCUUGACCUGUCCACCCUCGAUUCACCCUCUUACAUGCCUCCUCUCCCCUCAACUCAGCCAAAACCAUUCAAAAAUGAAGUGAGCAGAGACGUCGUGGAGCCUUCCAAGGAUGAAGCCUGCCUUCCUGAUAAGAGUGAAAGCAUACCGGACACGUUCAGGAUUCAUACAGUACAGGAUGAAGAUCUUCCAGCAUACCCGGUCGACUUCAAUGUGGCCAAGUAUUCCAUCUUUCAUAAGGAUGACAGCAGAACUUGGUGUGUGCUGGAGCUGCAGAGCGCCAAGGGAUACAAAGGGCGGCAGUACCGUGUCAUUGCCUACUGGAAAGAUCGCACCGAACAACAUGACAUUGUGACAUUCCCCUCAACUUCCGAGCUGGCUGUUGAGGUCUACCAGAAUAUGAUUGACAGCCUGCUUUCUUCGGGUCAGUGCUUAUGGACCGGUAGCCCCCCAAACGACCAGAACCUGGGAUCGUACCCGCUGCAGCAGCUGCUGCUGGAGGAAAAGCUUAACACAAGAUCCUUGUCACAAGACGUGGCUGUCUUUGUGGAGCUGCUUUGGACUGAGGCCUUGGGUUGCCUUGGUGACGUUCUUCGAGUGCCUGUUCAGAAGCUGAGCCUCAAUGAUGUGAGCAGAGCAGAGGGCUUGUUGAUUCAGGCUCAAGAAAAACUAAAUGUGGCACAGCAUGUCACAGCUCUCGAGCUUCUGAAUGAAGUUUACACACUGCUGCCACACAGAAAACCUAAUACAGCUUGCGAUGCAAAGCUUAUCUCCCAAAAACUGGACCUCUGUCAGUUAAUUCGAGACAUCCUGAACAUGAACGAGAUGAUGCUUAAAAGCCCCACCCUUUCCAGCUUUGGCAAGUUUCGCGCCCUGAGGUGCAGUAUUGAAGUGGUAGAGCCCGACUGCUCUGAAUACACCACUGUGUCGUCUCUGCUCCAAGACAGAGCCGUGCAUAUCCAUCAGGUGCUCCGUGUCAGUAGAGCGGUGGAACUUCAGACCUUUAACAGCAAGCUCGGCAACGUCAAGUCCCUCCUUCACUCCUCCAGUCCCAGCAACUUUGUCGGAAUUCUGUCGCGUGGUUUGCUGUUACCUUGUGUUGGAGUGAUGAAGCAUGGGAUUGUACGAACAGAUGCUGGCCGUCUUGGAAAUGGCAUAUACUUCACCAAUAGCAUGAGCACAUGCCUAAAAUACUCAAAGCCCAGUGCCACAGACGGCUCUCGGCUGCUGCUGGUGUGUGACGUAGCCCUGGGGCACAGCCGUCAAAUGAGAGACCUCGUAAUUGGUGAGGCCCGUAAAAUGGACCGCAUCCACGACGUGGCCGAAGUCAACUCUUUGUUUAUGGGUGAUGAGUACAUGGUGUACAGUCCCGACCAGGUCAUGCUAAAAUAUGUCGUCCGGUUCAGCCUUGAUGGAGACGAACUGAAGGCAUUCAGUCCAGCUGUAGAUACCUCGGUUGAGACUACUCCAACCCCUUCUAGCUCAGUGGCCUUUCCUGAUGAUGAUGAUGAUAGCUUUGGAAGCAUAAUAACCGGAUUGGACGAUGUGACUUCAGGACUGUUAGACAGCUCAGGCCAGCAGCUCCCCCUGCUGGCCGUGCACAUUAAGUGCAAGUUGAUCGAUUUGCUUUCUCAUGUCAUCAUCUUCCAAAAGUAUACCAACCUAAGCAAUGUGCCAAUUGAGGCAAAGUAUGUCUUCCCUUUGGAUGAAUAUGCAGCCGUGUGUGGCUUUGAAGCCUUCAUUAAUGGAAAACAUGUGGUGGGGCAGGUAAAGGAGAAAGAGACGGCCCGUAAGCAGUACAAGCAGGCUAUAGAGAAGGGCCAUGGCGCCUACCUCAUGGACCAGGACGCCCCUGACGUUUUCACCAUCAGCGUUGGCAACCUGCCAGCAGGCGCCAGCGUGCUCAUUAAAGUGACCUUUGUGUCCGAGCUCAUCAUCAAGGACGGGAGCAUUUUCUUUUCCCUGCCGGGAAGUGUUGCACCGUGGCAGGAAAGUGCAGCGCUCAACCAAACAACGCAGGUGACUGUGCAAAAAGUGUGUGUGACGGAUGAUGCAGCCAGUACAAGAGAAUUUAGCCUGGACAUGUCCAUUGAGAUGCAGAAUGAGAUCAGCAGCCUGCAAUGUAUUACACAUGAAGUCAAGAUAAAGAGGACUGACUGCAAGGCUGUGGUGAGGGUGCUGCCGGGGCAAGUUAUGUACCCAGAAGGAUUCCAGCUGUCAGUCACUCUGUCGGAUGUUCAUCUACCCAGGAUGUGGGUGGAGGAACACCCUGACAAGGACAGCCAGGCCUGCAUGUUAGUUUUCUACCCCAAGUUUGACAUCAAACCCACUUCCGGAUCCAAUGAAGUUAUCAUUUUGCUUGACACGUCCAAGUCCAUGAAUGGAGACCUUCUUUUCCAUGCCCAGAAGAUUGCACUGCAUACCAUCAAAACCCUCAAGGGCGACUGGAAAAUCAACGUCUUCUUGUUUGGCAUAGAUCAUAAACAAGCUUUCCUGACAGCGCAGCCACUUGAUAAAGCUCGACAGGAUGCUCUAAAGUUUGUACAGGAAAUCUCGCCAAUGGGGGGCACCACUGAGCUUUGGCGGCCCCUGCAAGCCCUUGCUCUCCUGCCUCCAACCUGUGGCUUCCGCAAUCUUUUCCUGCUGUCCGAUGGUCACAUCCAGAACGCCAACACUACUUUGCAGUUGCUCAGGGACAAUGUUGAGCACAGCCGCCUCUUCGUGUGUGGCCUCAGUUCUACAGCCAAUCGGCACAUGCUGGGGGCCCUGGCCCAGGCAGGGUGUGGAGCUUAUGAAUAUUUCAAUGCCAAACAAAAGCACAAGUGGGCAGAGAAGGUGGCUCGUCAGGUCAGGCGCAUGGAGUCUCCUGUCUGCAGUUCAGUUUCAGUGAAGUGGCAGCAGUUCACCCGAUCGGCACCCCCUCCUGUGCAAGCCCCCAGGCAGCUCCAUGCUCUCUUCAAUGACUGCCACACGCUGGUCUAUGGCUUUGUGCAAAACUGUACACAGGCAUGCCUGUAUGGAAACCUAAGUGGUCAAGAGCUGACAACUAUGGUGUCCACCAGUGAACUGCAGAAGACCAGGGGCACGUUUCUUCACAAGCUCACCGCAAGAGCUCUCAUCAGAGACUACGAGGAUGGAAACUUGCAUUCCAAUGAAGCUGAACAUGAGAGCGAGAAAAGCCAGUUAAAGUCCUUCAUCAUUGAUUUAAGCAAAGAGUUCUCAAUUCUGUCCCAGUUCACCAGCUUUGUGGCCAUUGAAGAAAGGGAGCCGGUUCAGGCAGAGCAGGGCUUCACAGACAUCCCCAAGCUAUUGGCAGAAGAGGAUGUAGAUAUCCUUCCCUACAUCGACUGGACAUCUUCUCAGGCUGACGGAGAAGUGGAUGAGGAUUUUGCUUUAUGGGGCAUCCAGAAAUCUUUGGGAGCGUGUUGGGACAACAUAAUGGAACCACCUAACAUUUUGGCAUCAGAUGAGGAUGAAGAAAUCCUUCCCUACAUCAAGUGCGAAUCUUCUCUGGCUGACGUAGAAGAAGAAGAGGGUUUUGCCGAAAUGCCUCUGCACCGCAUCCAGUCAGAAAAGAAAAGUUCCAGUGCUGUGUCAUAUCCUUCAUUUGCCCCCCAAAAAUCGGUAAAACGGUUUAAAUUGAAGAGUGAUGGAUUUGGAACAAUGGACACCGAGGUUCUCCAUCCAUCCUUCCUUCCUGUUCCAGAAUCAAUUCCUAUGGCUUUUGCUGCUGGUCCACCUCCUCUAGCAACCAGACAUUCGCUGGAAAGCUUACCUCUCCCUCCAGCAGACAGCCCAUCAGUUUUUCAUCCAGUAUCUCUUGCUGUACAACCUCCACUUGGCAGCUCAUUAUUGGUUCCUCCAUCACCACAUACUGGCAGUCUAUCAUUUGUUGCUCUCCCACCACCACCACCACCACCACAACAACUUCACAGUGUAGUAUUGGAAGCCGCUCCAUCUCCAUGUGAAGAACAUUUGACACGCGCUGGCAGUCCAUCAUCUGUUGAUCUUCCUCCAACGCCACCACCUACCCCACGUAGAAGAUGUAUUUCAUCAUUUAGCAGCAAAAGUAAACGACGUGCAGAAAAGAUUUCACAGAUUCCCUUUGAGUUGUCCAAUAUUGAGCUGAAGGACAUGGAAUUCCAAUUUUCUGGGCCGUCACGGUCUUCCUUGGCCAUUUCAGACAGGCUGGCAAAACUGCCGUUCAAGAGAUCUCUAGGGUUAACCCCGUCAUUCGGUCACGUCAGAUCAACAUAUGACGCCGAUGGUGGGCCGCCACUUCCAGAAUACCAGUCACCCGCUCCUUCAAGCAACUCCAGUGGUGGUAUUGGUGAUCAAUGUACCACAAACAGAGGUCUAGAUGAAUUUAGACGUCCUAAAGCAUUGAAGAAGAAAUUGUUAGAACGUCAGGGAUCAACCCUGUCUGCUGAAAACAAAUCGACUCCGUUGGGGUAUUUACUUGAAGAUUCAAUCAAGGCUGCACCUGACAAAGUGUCAUUUAAAAAAGGAACUCCACAACCUUCGGUUUUUCUAUAUCCCGGAACCACAGCCCAUAUGACCCACAGGACUAUGUAUUCAGAGGCUAGCUUUGAUAUGGUACCACAAAUAUGGAACUGGUCAAAAAUCUUCCAAAUGCAGAUUUCAGAUGGCUUCUGGGAGUUGACUGGAAAACUGGCCAAGUUUGUUGACAUGGACCUGGAUGUCUUUGUCAAUGAGUUCCUUGAAAGUAAAGGUAUCCGCUCUCUAGGUGUAAAGGCCCGCGCUGACAUUCUGAGGCUCCUGGCGACUCUCCUAGUCCUGCAGAUGAUGCGUUUGGCGAAGCUUCCAGAAGGUGUACUACUGCGUACACUCUUCUGUCUGGAGGAUGCUCCUGUCAGGCCAAACCAUUGGCAGGAAGUGAAGAAGGCAGUGGACUGGGCCCGCUGGGCCGACCGCCAGUACCCGUGCAUCUGUAGCCGCCUGGAGUUCGGUUUAACUUGGGAGUCAGCAACCCGCCAACUACUGGGUCAUGAUGACAUCCCCGCCUUCUCACCCCUUGCCGGCCUAAAACUGAGGACGAAUAUGUCUGCUGCCCUCGACUCUGUGGUGGUCAGCUAAUUGUAGGUUCCACCUCUGAUCAUUGAAGGCAUACACAGCUAGAAACAGUUCACCAAUCAAGCCAUCAUCCAAUCAGCAUCUGCCUUCAGUAUUAGUUCAGUUGUUUGCUUUGUUCAAGGGAGGUGGCAGUUCUCGAUUUGUGUUGGUACUUUGAUUAUGCUAUAUUGUUUUGCCUUGUUAUAAUUUAGCUCUUGAAUUUUGCCUUUUGAUAUUUGGUUUUUAAAGUGAUUGAUUUAUUAAUGUUCUAAUUCUGUCUUCGACUUCAUGUACAGUGGUACCGCUUCGACACACGAUCUUUUCAACAUCCGACGUAAAAUUAGACUUGUCAUUUUUCUACAUCGCACGAUGUGCUCGAAAUACGACGAUUUAUGACAGCUUCUUUGUUUUGCCGCGAGACGCACACACGAAGGAUUUUCUUGUGAGGGAAACAACACCUGUUCCAAGAAGGUUAGUGCAGGUGGUGAAAAAAGGAAAAAGAUGUUUACCAUUGAAAUGAAGAUGGAUAUGAUAGAAAAAUAUGAGCGUGGAGUACGCAUCGUGAACUGGCUCGGCAAUUCAGCCGUAGAAUCUCUACGAUCCCGACGGUCCUCCUCCGACAUCCCUUCACCAGUCUUUAUACGUUAAGGUGACAGUUAUUAUUGUGGUAACAUCGCCAAAGUAAUCACCAGCUCCAUCAGGUUUUUAUCAUUUAUGUCAGAACUUGUGCAACACAACACGCCUACUGUCCGCCGCAGUUGACGCCAACAACAAAACAUUAAAAGAAAAAGGAAAAUCUUGACCGCACCUUUCUCUUUUUGUCACGUCAGCCACGCGGUGCAUUCAGGUACAGCACAAAAAACACGUCCGCCACCUUAGAACCCAAUUCAUUACAUUACAGGAAUUAUUAUUUCAUUAUUCCAGUUUUUAUAAUAUAUUUGUUUUGCUAUAUGUAAUUUCCAUUUGUAAUAGUAAAAGGAUUUAGUGUAGAUUUUCAGGCUGAAGAAUGGAUUAAUGGAAUUAUAUUGUAUUCUUACGGGAAAAUCCUGCUCAACAUACGAUCAUUUCAACUUACAAACAAGGUCCUGGAACAAAUUAACUUCGUAUGUAGAGGUACCACUGUACUAGAUUGGCACGGUGGCAUUAACCCAUGUAUUUUGGGGUACUACAACUACCUGAAAAAAUGGGGAUUCAUUUGGGGUUGUGUUGGGUUCUUGGCAGUGAUGGUGAGAUGACGCCUCGUAAGGCAUUGAACCACUCGAGCCAAUGGACUUAUCUCAAAGCCUCGUCCCCUUGGAAAUCAAGGUUGUGAAUGAACGAUUUAUGGAUGGUAGCGGCAGCUUUCUGAAUUUGCACUACCACAACUAGAAAUUAACCUGUUUUUAUUUUAUUUUUUUAAUGAAUUUCAUCUAGAAGCUAACAGAGAGGGUUGCAGUAUGCAGUGGAGCGGUAUGUCAAUGGUAUUAAACUUUACAGAGAAGAGACCAUUAUUAUAAUCGAGGCGAAAUGCUACUGCUCGCAACUUAAAAAUGAGAACCCCCACAGGCAAAAUAUCUAUCUAGCUUUAACGUUAUGUCAUGUGUUCUGUCAGAUUUUUCUCCCAAAGCUUUUGUGACGAUGAAUAAAAGAUCUUUUAGAUUCACUCGGAUUCUCAAUAUUAUCCAGUGGUGCUAAAUAAACAACUUAUACAAUAAACAUACAUUUGCAACAUCGAUACGGCGUAAAUAAAUGCUUAAGACAAACUUGAGAGGGCGGCGUGCAGUCCAGUUGACGGCAGCCACAUGCUAGUAUGUGUAUGAGGAGACCUUUCCUUUGUGUGCGUCCGUGACCAAACAUAAGAACGUGUUCCUUUCUUGAUAGAAACUUAGCGAUGUUUACUUUAUAGUUUAGACUUUCAGUGCUGGGGUCUUGACAUCAUCUUAGAUUAGUUAUAUUUUAUUGUAUUUGUAUAUUGACAGUGUAGUAAACAAAUAGGAAGUCAAACUAACGUUAAUAGUUAAGUCUCGGAUCAAAUAUUAUUUAUUUUACAAAUUGAUCAUUAAAUUGCCUUUGAGGAAGCAUAAAUGUCCUUGGGUGACUGUAUUGACAUUCACUUGUUUAUGUGGUCGAUGACAGAGCCUUAUCCAUAGCUUGCAUUUGGCGAGCUUGCUUUUAGGCUUUGAAAAAGGCACCAAAAAAUUCCUCCCCCGAAUCUCUCAGGGUACCUGGUGUCGGAUUUGCAGGUACCCCAUGCACAGCGUUAAAACAGCGGGGUUUUCCCAGUUUUAAAUUUAGAAAAAAGAUGUUUUAAGUCACAAACACAUAGAACAUUCCUACGCAAGUCUACGGCUGGUGUCCGAAUUUCCUGGUUUAGUGGCGUGGCUUUGCAAUAGGUCCAUUGGUUGAGAAAGGGCUUAUUUCUUGAGGCUUCAUAUGUGCACAGUACCACCUACUGGCUAUUUGUAUAAACACAGUUGUUUCAACCACAUGUGAUCCAUUGAUUUUUUGUGUGUUUGUUGGCAAGGAAUAAAAGCAGCACUAGGUAACUUUUUAACCUUCAUAAAAUACUAGUAUUUUCAUAACAUUUGUGAUGAUACGUCAACUGACAACUCGACACCUCUGUUAUAUCUUAAGGGAGUCUGUAUCACUUUCACCAGCACUAAUCAACUUUGAGGAGGGUGGCAGGAUCCCUGCAUACAAAAAAACUACAAAUGUGCUGAUUGCUUUACGCCAUAAGUUACUUCCCCCUUUCCACAUUCAUUAUAAAGAUGAAACUCGAUGAGAACGCUUUCGCGCGAAUUCUGCAAAGAUGGCAGAGCAACAAAAGGGACAAAAAGUUUUUUCCUUAGAGGAAAAAAAGGGAAUCUACCAGGAUACUCAAGUAUAAACAUUGGCCCGGCUAUCACUCUCAAACUGAACUCGUCAACACUGACGAGUUCGGGUGUAGUGGGGGGGUUAGCCACACUAAGCCACACGGUUGCUUAUUACGGUCCUUAUUGCUAUUCAUCCUUCACACAGCCGCUGGAAAGAGAAAUGUCAUUCAAUCCAUCUGCAGGCGACGGGAUCAUGGUUUCACAACAUUGUGCGGGUGUGCGCUAGACCUCAUGGGAAACGCAGUCUUCCUUAAGGCAAAACACUACCGCUUUUGUCCACCGGCGUAGCUGAAAUCGACCAAAACUGAAGUUACCUAGUGUUGCUUUAUUUUACUAAAUCUUUUCCAACCAAAUCAUCUGUGUUCAUAGGUUAUCACAUAUGUAUGCAAUAAAACAAUAAUGAUAUAGUGUGUUUGUGUGAAAUUUAUCAUAAUUAUCAUAAUAUGACAGAUUUGCAAUGACAGGACAGUAAACGUGCUUGUGUAACUUGGACAUUGAUGGCGCUACAGGAUAGGGAUGAUUUUCAUUUCAGUUUUAUUCAAAAACAAAGUUUUUCCACACAGGGGAAGUCCUCUUUCUUGCUGGCUCCAUUCUAUCAAUUACUGUACUUCUCCUCACUCCUAAAUCUUUCACUCUUCCCAACUCUCCAAGCAAUCUAAACUCUCACUUGAUCACAACUCUGCUUCGAACACCCACGUUUUGAAUGUAGCCUUAGGAGUUUAUAAUAUAAACCUGAUAUAAAUACAGUAUGAGUAAAUGAGGCGAGUCUCGGUAGACACUUCAUGGAAACAAAAUGCUAAAAUAACACUUUUGGACCAGGGAUAGCCGGGAAACGUUCCAAAUAUCCUGAAAAGGUGUACUACCCCUGAAAAUUAUAUACAGUACGGUACUGUAUUUGAAGGAAAAAAGGACUGUCCUCUGGCAGGUUUGAUGUGCAGUAUUAGUACCAUUUGUACCUUAUGUGUUGACUGAAAACAAAUUUUGCUCAAAUUUUUGAAAGAACAUUCAGAUACACGUUUUUUAAAUCAAUGUUGAUAUUAAUUCAGGCAUUUUAGAAAUAAUAUUGACCGUUUAUGGGCCCCAUCACUGUUUUACACUCUUUGUAACUUAUACUGUAGCUUUUGAACGACAACACUCAUACUAUUGAUUAUUACCACUAGGUGGUACUGCUGUGUUAUGUACUGAUGUCGAAUAGGCCACGGUAAAUAAAUUUAUUGAGGGUUGUAUUAACCGUGUAAAAAACAAGUUACUUUGUUUGGUUUAAAAAAAAAAAAAAAAAAAAAAAACUCAUAAAGACGUCGCGUCCAUUUUGGGUCGUGAGGGCUACAAUAUUAACAUUUGCUAUAGAAGUUUGGGCUGCGUUUAGAAAAAUGUGAGGUCCAACAUUGUAUAUAUUUAACCUGUCCUGCUGUUUAGACGUAGAGAAUGGUAAAUCUGAGUGUCCUAACGGCUGAAACAGUUUUCAAGUGCUACGUGGGAGUUAAGUUAAAACAAAUUUCAUACAAUAAUAUAAAUUAUAUGAAAUAUUUUCAGACAAAAGCAUAGACUUCAUAAUAUAUUGACGAGGCGUGGAGCCGAUUAAUAGGGGGCCUAUCCCCGUCAAAGUUGACCGAGUGGAAACAACAAACAGCUUUUUAUGUUGCUUGAAUCCCUGAAUUCUUUACAGAUAUGGACGUAAAACAGUCUCGAUUCUUGGUUAAAAGCAAAACAAAACAAAAAAACAGGCAGUUAGCAUUUAUUUUACGUAAAUAUGUCGAAUUUGCUGCUUGUCUUUAAGCCUCUGUGGCGGCGCCUUAUCAACACAAAGAGCUUUUUACUGUAUUGGCCCGAAUGUAAGACGGUGUUUUUUGCAUUGAAAUAAGACUGAAAAAGAGGGGGUCGUCUUAUAUUCGCGGUCUAGACAUUAUACCCAUUCACGGCGCUAGAUGGCGCCAGAUAUCAUUGAAGUGAUGUUCUGUCAUGACAGAUCUCAGCUACUUUCCCCAUUCACGACGCUAGAUGGCGCUAGAUAUCAUUGAAGUGAUGUUCUGUCAUGACAGAUCUCAGCUUCUCUCAAGUUUAACCAGUUUGCAAUUUUUUAUUGCAAUGUUUUUCCUUAUUCAGAUUUGUCUCAAGACUACAGUUACAGUUAGACUUCACUUUGAUGGUUAAUGCAGUUAUUGCCAUUUUGCUGUUUUAUCACAAUAGAUUGGUUUAUUUACAUUUCAAAAACCAGAAGCCAUUCAUUAACGAAUGUGAUUGCACUUUAGUUUACAUAUUUAAAUGUUCAGAUGUUAAGAUUUGAAUGAGGCAAAAUAACAUGCUUUUUCUCUCAAAUAUAUUGUUAUAAUCAUUUGUGUCGGAUGUACUGUAAUUAUUUUCUGAAUAAAAAUUAAUUUGGGGUUCAAAAAGUCUUUUUUCAAACUUGAGUCUUGAAAAAGAGGGGGUCGUCUUAUAAUCAGGGCCGUCUUACAUUCGGGCCAAUAAGGUACUUUGAAAAUUCUUGAAAAUCCCUAGAUUCUUUAUAGAUAUGGAUGUAAAAUAGUCUUGAUUCUUGGUUAAAAGCAAAAAAACGGGCGGUUAGCAUUUAUUUUAUGUAAAUAUUGCGAAUUACGGCGCCAAUGCCGUAGCGGUUAAUUUUUCCCAUUGAUUUUUUUUUUUCACGUUUCAAAUGCAUGCAUGGUACGAAAAAUAUAAGAAUUACUUUGAAUCCACGAACAAAUUACUCCUGAGACAAUCCUUCCUGUUUGUAUACGGUACAACUUUUGUACUUUUUCAACCUAAAUCCGGUGUUGCAUUGCUGCGUGUGUUUAAGAAUAACUUCGACCGACUGAAGCGGAGUGUUGGACAGCCCCCUACUUGAAGCCAUGGCACAGUGUCUCGGGAAUGUGUCCCGUCAAUGUCGUUAUGAAGUCUAUGAUAAAAGAAUAAAAUAAAUAAUGGAAGGCAUCGUGAUAAGAGUGGUUAGCAUAUCUGCCUCACAGUUCUGAGAUCACUGGUUAAAGCCUUGCCUUCGGCCUUAUUGUGUGGAGUUUGCAAGUUCUACUCGUACCAGCUUGGAAUUGGGUACUCUGGUUUCCUCCCACAUCUCAAAAACAUUUAUUGUAGGCUCAAGAUACGUAUAAAAGAGGUCUCGUUCAACUAGUUGUCAGUUGACGUAUCACAAACGGGCGCUACCAGGGUGGGGCAGGACAUGCUCUGCCCACCCAAAGAAAACUGGAUGUAAUACUGUUGAGAGAAAAGGUGGAGGAAAUGUUUUGUAUUCAUAAAUGUGUCCUCAGUUGAUGUGGAAAUAAUGCUCCUAUUGCUUGUUAUUAUUGACAUAUUAACUUUUCGCCACAAGAUGGCAGGAUGGGACUUAAUUGUCUAAAGUGCUACAUUUAUUAUUUCUUUGUGUUUGACUUUGAUGACUUUAAUUUGUGGGAUUGCCUGUGAAGACAGCAAUGAGAGAGGAUGUAUCCGCAUGUCAAUGGAUAUUAAACAUGCCAAGUUUUGGCUAAUAGACAAUUUAUUCUCCAUCAGUUCAUCCUACGAAUGCAACGUUGAGCUACAACCACCUCAACAAAUACUAACAGCAGUCUGGGCACCGCG